AUGAAGAUGUGGAGCCUUCAGAACCUGCUGUUCAUCCUCUGCUUUGCCGUGGGUUAUGUGACCAGAGCAGCAGGAGUGAUCCAUGUGUUUGGAUAUGUGGGCAGAGAUGUUGAUGUUUCCUGCUCCUAUGAUCAGGGUUAUGAGUCUCAUGAGAAGUACCUGUGCAAGAACAACUGUGGCAGCAGUGAUGUUCUUAUUACGACAUCAGAAACAAAGAAGAACAAAUACUCCAUCUAUGAUGACAAAGAGAAACGAAGCUUCACAGUGACCAUCUCUGAUCUUCAGUCUGUGGAUGCUGGGAAAUACUGGUGUGGGGUGACAGCGUUUUUCAAAGAUAUCUACACUGAAGUAAAACUGGAACUAGGACAAGAUCACUGCUGCAACAAUGUGGAUAAAAUUCAAAGUAAUGAAAGUGAUUCAGUGUCCAUCAUUUGUCGGUAUGAGUUGAAGUACCAGAACAACCUGAAGUUCAUCUGCAGAGGAAACCAGCCCUCCACAUGUCUGCAGCAGGCAGUCAUCACCUCUGACAGCAAACAAAAUGGACGCUUCACACUCAUUGAGGACAAGGAGUCAAGAAGAUUCACAGUGAACAUUAACAACCUGACCCAAGAGGAUUCUGGGUGGUAUCUUUGUGGUGUCCAUAGAAACACUGGACUGGAUGUUUUCUCUGCUGUUGAGCUGGAGGUUGAAGGUCAGAGGAAAUAA